CUCCCAUCAGCCCUGGGUUUUUGUUCUUGUUGCUGCCUUUUACUGGUGGUAUUGGUAUUAAGUUUGAUAAAUUCCUGCACAUUGUCUCCAUUGAAACUGGAACAGCUUUCAAGGAUUGAUAUUUCAUUCGCUUCCUGAGCUGUGAUUAUUAGGGUUAUUGCAGAGAAUGGACUGCUUGAUCAAAAUCGCUGGUGAGAUUGUGAAGCCUGCAUGGGCCCCCAUUAGCCGCCACUUUGGUUACCUUAUUUGCUACAAAAGCAACAUUGAGAAGUUGGAGUGCAAAUUUAAUGAACUCGAUGCACUUAAGAAGGAGGUCCAAAUUAAGGUUGACGCAGCGAGACGUGAAAGGCUUGAAGAGGCCAAAGGUGUAGUUCAAACUUGGUUUGCGGAUGUAAACACAAUGGAAGGAGAGGUGAAGAGAAUCAAAGAUCAAGCUACUGUGAUCUCCAACAAUUGCUUUCCACACAUAAACUUGCACUAUAAACUUGGAAGAGAGGCUGCUCAUCAUAUGGAAACCACUGAUGAUCUUAUAAGAAAAGGCAAUUUUGAUAGUGUGUCUCACAAGGGGCCACCCCCAAGCACAACUGAUUCAUUGUUGUUUAAUGAAGAUUACAUGAUUUUCGAUUCAAGGAAAUCACAAGAAAAGAAAAUACUUGAAGCAUUGAAGGUUGAAGCUGUGCACAUAAUUGGGCUUUGUGGCAUGGGAGGAGGAGGAAAGACAACAUUAGUGAAAGAAGUUGCAAAGCAAGCCAAGAAGCAAAAUUUGUUUGGUGAGGUGGUGAUGGUGACUGUAUCACAAAACAUAGAUCUGAAGAGAAUUCAAACUGUCAUAGCAGAGAGUUUGGGUUUGAUAUUUGAGGAAAAAAGUGUAGAAGUAAGAGCUGUCAAGCUUGCAGACAGAUUAAGAGGUACAGAAAAGAAAGUAAUGGUGAUAUUAGAUGAUUUAUGGGAGCCGUUGAAACUGUCAGUUGUUGGUAUUCAACUUCCAGAGAUGGCUGCCACUUGCAAAGUGGUAAUCACAACAAGAAACAAAGAUGUCUGUGACAGAAUGAGGUGCCGAGAGAUAGUUGAGUUGAAGACAUUAUCAGAUGAAGAAUCUUGGAGUCUAUUCAAGAGCAGAGCAGGGGAUGUAGUGGAGUCCCCCACAAUAAGGAACUUGGCACAGAAAGUGGCAAGAGAGUGCGCUGGUCUGCCUCUAGCACUGGUGGUUCUUGGCACAGCACUUAAGGAUAAGAGCUCUGGGACUUGGGAGGCAGUGUUGAUGCGGUUAAAAAGGUCGAAGGAGGUGGAUCUCCCGGGUGUGAGUAAGCAAGUUAUUCAAUCCAUCAAACUAAGUUUCGAUUUCUUAGAGAGUGAGGCAGCCAAGUCUUGCUUCUUGCACUGUUGUCUCUACCCUGAAGAUCGGGAUAUUAAAGAAGAAGAAGUGAUGCUGUUGAUGGCAGGAGGGGGCCUCUUAGCUGAUGUUGAAACUCUAAACGAAGCACAGGGCAGAGUGGAUCUACUAUUUGACCAGCUAAAAGCUUGUGGUUUGCUUCUUCAAGGUUCGUCUGAAAGCUGUGUAAGAAUGCAUGACAUUGUCAGGGAUGUGGCGAUACAGAUUGGUGCUGCGGCAGAUCAUGCGUUCUAUGUAAGAGCUGGGCAAAGCUUGACAGAGUGGCCAAGAACUACUGAAAGUGAGAUGCAAAAUUGCCGACGACUUUCACUGAUGAGCAAUGAUAUUGAAGAUCUUCUUCCUGAUCGAAUGGAGUAUCCAAAACUUGAGAUGUUGAUCCUGACAGGCAACAACAGGUUAUCAAGCAUCCCAGAAAUGUUCUUCCAACACAUGGGAUCUCUGAUGGUCCUUGACUUGAGUGAUACAGCCAUUAAAUCGCUACCAAAAUCACUCUCUUGUCUCACUAAUCUCAGAGUAUUGAACUUGAGAAGUUGUGAUUUUCUCAAAGAUAUUUCUCACAUUCAUAAGUUGAAGAGGCUUGAAAUACUUACUCUGGAUCGUUGUCCGCCGGUGUCCAUUGUUCCAGAAAGUGUAGGAUGCGCACGAAGUCUGAGAUAUGUUAAUUUGGCUUUCAAGGGGGCGUAUGAUUCAUCUUGCAUUGAUAACUUUUUUUCCAAGGAAUUGCCAAGAUUUCACAGGCUGGAACAAUUGUUCAUGCGCAAGUUUGCAGGUAGCUUUCUAGAGUUGAUAAGCUUGAGACAUCUAACUCACCUAUUCAUCGCAGAAGUGGCGGACUUAGAUGAUCCCUUAUCACAUGAACUAGUCUCACCACGUUCUUGGCCUAAUGGACUUCUAAAAUUCUGUCUUUCUUUUGUCAAACAUGAGCCAAUGUAUAAAUUUGAACAAGUUUCUAGAGGGUUGCAAUUGAUGGGAACCAAGCCCCUGGCUGUUUGGGUCAAGAAAUUACUUGAAAAAACAAUACUAUUGGUAUUAAUAGCAUUCCAGGAAACUGAAUUGAUUUCCAUCAACAGUGAUAUCCCACCGCUUGUGUUCUCAAGUUUGGAGAGUCUUAGUGUUGACAACUGGCCAAAGUUGACCAAGUUGUUGGAUGAUGAGUUAUCAUUGCAGGAAGAAAUCCCCCUUAGCCAACUCCAACAAAUGGUCAUCAAGAAUUGUCCUGGGUUGACCAAUUUAAUACCAUCAAGGCAUUGUCAGCGGAGUAUGAAGAAACUACAGGAUCUAGAUGUUAGAAAUUGCCCUAUGAUGCUGGAACUGUUCCCAUGUGAUGAAGGAGCCCGCGACAUAACUAAAUUGCUGCCAGGGCUAAUUUAUCUCUGUUUAGAUGGCCUACAGAGUCUACAGAUUGUAUUACAACCAUUCCAAUGCCUACCAAACUUGACGGUCUUGGCCAUCAAGAAUUGUGGAGUAAGAUAUGUAGUUUCAUCUGAGAUGGAGACAAUGGCAAUAUUGGCAGAUCCUUUUCCAGCACUAGAGCAGUGUACUAUCAAAAAUUGCCGAGAGAUGAGUGAUAUAAUCUAUCCCCUUGCUUCUUUGCAAUCCCCGUUCUUUUUCCAGGGACUAAGUAUUCUUUCUAUCGUGUCAUGUCCAAAACUAAUGCAUCUUUUCUCCUACAAUCAAGCAAUAAGCAUGCAACAUUUGACUUUUCUUCAUAUAGAAGAUUGUGCUGCAUUGGAGGCUGUGGUGAUUUCCACGGAAAAUAAAGAGGAAGCAUUUGCAAGCACAUCCACACAUGUUGUUGAUCGUGAAUCUUACAAUAGCCCUUUUCCUAAUUUGAAUCGACUUUGGCUGAAUGGUUUGCCUCAGCUCACUACCUUCCAACACCCCGCAGCACUGCCCAUUAAGUGGUUAUAUCUUAAAUCUCCAUGUCUAUGGAAUUGCCCAAAACUGCAACAACGAUUGCUCGGAUCCGGUACACCUGGCCAUGAACAAGACUUAUACACAAGUAAAGGAGAGGACAAAGAGAUAGAUGAUGCGGAAGGAGGAGAAGAAAAGAGAGCAGGUGGAACGAAACAACUGAUAUCGCUAAACGUAGAACACUGUUCUAUAUUUGAGAGAAUUGUGUGGUUUUGGAAGAAGAAGAAGGUGAAUGCUUGUUUCCUGUACCGAAGAAGUUUUUGUUAUUAAGUUUGCCCGAACUCUCUGCCUUAGUGACGCGGAUGGUGGUGUGGGAGUGACCAUCUCUGGAAUACCAUGAGCUCAGGUUGUGUACUAAGAUUAUGCAAACUCCGCUGCUUGGUCCCUUAACCUUCGGAAGAAUUGGGUUGCUUGUAAAUGGAGGC